GGAGAGCAGCCGACGUGCGGGCACCGAGCGCAGCCCCGGCCCCGCUGCAGCCCGAGCCCCGGGCGGCCGUGGCUGCUAUGUGGCUUCGCGGCGCGCGGCCUCCACCGGGUUUGCGCCCACGCCUGGCCGAGGCUCAGCUGCCCGAGGACUGAGGACGUUCUGCAGCCAACGGCGGGGGGGGGGGCCAAGGGCUGAACGCAGCCCCUGGAAGUGCCUGGCAGUGAGGACGGAGCCAUGCGCCUGGCGGCCGCCUGCUGACCCCACCGAACUCCCGACAACGGCCGAACGUCCCCGAGCCCACACCCCCACCGGGAGCCCUGCGGCAAAACAAAGCGUGGGGUGGGCCGGGGGGCCGCGUCGUCCCCUCCUGACCCACCUCGUGCCCCCCACGGCCUCGCAGAACCUCCCAGUGCCUCUGCCGCCCUCCUGGGGGCCCGGCAGCCCCCUCCCAGGGCUGCCUGCCCCACCGCCCUCGCCUUGGCCUCCCGCCCUGCUGGAGCGCGGCACCCUGCCGGGCGCUGCCCCCCGCGCCCCCAGGGCAUCGCCCCCCGCCCCGCCGGGGCCCUGCCGCCCGCCGGCAGAGCCAUGAAGCUGCAGGCAGUGAUGGAGAACCUGCAGCGGCAGCAGCGCGCCCGGCUGCAGCAGGCUCUGGAAGCGCGGCAGCAGGAGCAGCAGCAGCAGCAGCAGCGCUCCACGCCCCCCCCGGCGCAGCCCCCGCCGGCCACAGGACAGACCCCCGCCCGGGGACGAGGCCCUGAUGUGGCCCCAGCCCCUUUGGAGGAAGGCACGGAGCCUGAGAGCGCGCACAUCCAGCGGGCGCAGAUGGCCGCCCUGGCCGCCAUGCGGGCCGCAGCCGCGGGCCUCAGCCACUCGUCCAGCCCGGGGCUGUCGGAGGAGAGCCAGGAGGAGGAGGAGCGCGGUGAGGAGGAAGAAGAGGAAGAAGAUGGCGGCGGCUACCAGCAGGAGAUGGGCUCCGAGGAGGAGGAGGACCUGAAGGGCAAAUGGGAUGAAGAAGAAUUUGAAGAGGACCUGGGCGAGGAAGAGGAGGAGGAGGAGGAAGAAGAGGAGGAAGAGGAGGAGGAGGAAGAAGAAGAAGAGGAAGACUACGAGGAGGAGGAAGACAUGGGCGAGGAGGGGCUGGGCUCGGCAGAGGCGGUGCGGACGGGCACGGGGUCUCUGCUGCUCCGUAAGCCGCCGGCACCGCAGCACUGCCGGGGUGAAGCACAGAGGCUGCCGGGCGCGCAGGAGCGGCUCCCAGCUGGACUGGGCCCCCAGGGCCACGCACAGCUCCCACAGCCCGCACCUGACCACGGCGACUGGACCUACGAGGAGCAGUUCAAGCAGCUGUAUGAGUUGGAUGGUGACCCCCGGAGGAAGGAGUUCCUGGACGACCUCUUCAGCUUCAUGCAGAAGCGAGGGACCCCCGUGAACCGGAUCCCCAUCAUGGCCAAGCAGGUGCUGGACCUGUACAUGCUCUACAUGCUGGUGACGGAGAAGGGCGGCCUGGUGGAGGUCAUCAACAAGAAGCUGUGGCGAGAGAUCACCAAGGGGCUCAACCUGCCCACCUCCAUCACCAGCGCGGCCUUCACGCUCCGCACCCAGUACAUGAAGUACCUGUACCCCUACGAAUGUGAGAAGCGGGGCCUGAGCAACCCCAACGAGCUGCAGGCGGCCAUCGACAGCAACCGGAGGGAGGGCCGCCGGCAGGGAUUUGGCAGCUCGCUCUUCACCUACUCACCUGGUGGCACCCAUGGGCUCCUCUCCUCCCCCAAGCUGCCAGUGCCGACCCUGGGGUUGGCCUCGGCCACCAACGGCGGUGCCAUCGCUCCCGUCCAGAAGAUCAAGAAAGAGGAGGACGCCCCCAUCCCCAUCUCCAUGCCCAGCCGGCUGCCAGUGUCGCUGGCCGGACAUCCGGUGGUGGCAGCUCAGGCUGCAGCCGUGCAGGUGGCAGCAGCAGCCCAGGCCGUGGCACUGGAGCAGCUGCGGGAGAAGCUGGAAUCAGGGGAACCCCCGGAGAAGAAGAUGGCACUGGUGACGGACGAGCAGCAGCGGCUGAUGCAACGCGCUCUGCAGCAGAACCUCCUGGCCAUGACGGCACAGCUGCCCAUGAGCAUCCGCAUCAACAGCCAGGGCACGCGCUCGCCAGAGAACCGCCAGGACACCUCCAGCAGCACAGCCAACAACGGCACCAACAGCAUCAGCAUGUCGGUUGAGAUCAACGGUAUCGUCUACACAGGUGUGCUGUUCGCCCAGACGCCCGGCCCUUCCUCCUCCUCCUCCUCCUCCUCCUCCUCCGCCUACAGCAAAGGCAACGGCAGCGCCAGCAGCAGCCGCGGCGGCGGCAGUGGCACCAACAGCAGUGGGACGGGGGGCAGCGGGAGCAGCAUGGGCAGCGUCCCCCCCGCUGCACCACCCACCGUGCCUGUGCCCCCCCCCAGCUCUACCUCCAACAACGCUUCGCCUUAACACCCCGCACCACCAAAACCACCCGAGGUGCCGGGGGCUGCAGGUGGGCCGGGGCGGUGCCGGGGGGGGGGGAAGGGGGGGUGGGUUGGGAUGGGGGGGUGCUCAGCCUCAGGGCUUUCCUUCAGGGCCGCCCGGUGCCCCCCCCGACCUGUUUACCUCACACACAUCACACUUUGCACUGUACAUUUAUUAUUAUUAUUAUUAUUAUUGAACUCGUGUUACCUCCAGACAGACGUACGGACGCCUGCCAACGCGAGCUUUAAGGAAACCUCCUGGCACUCGUUAAAGGAAAAACAAAAAAGGAUAAAAAAAAAAAAAAAAGUUGGAAAUCGGGAGAUAUUUUAUUCAUUAGAUCCUUUUUCUCCCCCCCACCCCCUCCAUUCCCCCUCUAUUUUGAGAACUACACUUACUCUACGGGAUUUUCAGAGGUUGUCGUUUGGUUGUUUUCGUUGUAAAUAGCUUCUAUUUUAUUCUCUUAAAAAAGAAAAGAAGAAAAAAAGAAAAAAGAAAGAAUCAAACUUUAACAUGCAAAUGAUAUAUAUGGACGUUGUCAGGGAAGCAGGAGCUGGGGGACCCAUCAGCUCCUUUUUCUUCUCCUCCCAGGUGUACCCGAGGCUCCGGGAAGUGCUGUGAGCUCGGGGCUGCAGUGGCACUGGGGACCACGGAGGGGACAGCGUGUGCUGCACGCCUCCAGCUCGUGGCUUUAGUUCUCAGUGCAGAAAAGCAGUGCUCAGGGAUGGGGUGGGUGCAGCAGCGGGGUCCUGCAGCAGCCCCCAGGGACAGGCAGUGCUCAGGGGUGCUGUGGCUGCUCACACGUGCCAUGCACCUCCAUGUUCCCGCGCCCCACUGCGCUCUCCUCAACUCUCCCUCCAUUGUCAGGUGGCUUUUUUUUUUUUCCCCUCCGUGCUUUUUGUUUUUUCCUUCCCCUCCCCUGUAAGGUGAUACUACUGUGCAGAUCCAGUUUGGGCACAUUUUCCCCCCUCCCCAGCACCCAGGGCGAGGUGACACCCGAUCUGCUAUUCACGCUUCCAGCAGCAAACUGGUUCUGUUGGUGAUGGGACGGGCGUUUUGUUUGCGUGGUGCCGGGGGAAUCAGGAAAAUUGGGUGGUGUCAGCACUGCUGCAGCUCCAGGGACAAAAUCUGUUCCCUGCUGCUGCUCCCCGUGCCCCGGGCAUCGCUUCUGCCACAGCAACACCCGCACCCACGCAGCUUUGGGGGGGGUGGGGGGGGCCAGGAGGGGUCCCAGCAUCCCUCCCAGUCCGGAGGCACCGCGUGUGCUCCCCAAACGCUGCUUUAAAGCCAAAAGCUCAGGGGUGGUGUUCUCAUAUGAGGUGGAAGGGUGCACGGUGCUGCCCGGCUGGUGAUGCAAUUCUGGGUGACGCUCAGGUCACGUUGGUGCACAUCUGUCCCUCUGGAUCGGGUCUGUGCACAGCGUGGUUCAGGAUGCUGUUGCAGGUCCGUGCACGAUGCCGUGUUCUGAACGGCACCGCUCCGAACGCUGCUCGUGUUUGUGCACGGUGCCAUUCCCACAGCGAUCCCCAGCGCAGCCAUUUACUCUGCUUUACCCACACGGGUUGCAGCAUUCCUUCCCCCACGGCCACUUCCCAGCCCCACAUCGCCCCCCCAUGCACAUCUGCGUGAGACACAAUCGCGUCCCGAUGCCGACCCCCCCCCCCCCCCCCCCCGGCGGUAUCUCAAUUCCUCAGGUUCUGAUGGGAGCACAGGGUUCCCCCCCCACCCUGCAUGGACCCCCCCGGCUGCACAGUUGUCCCCCCCACCCCCAGCCUUGGGAUGGGGACGUGGCGAACUCAGGGGACUGGGGGUUUUCCAGCCUCUUUUUGCUGGUGAGGAGGGAGCAUCACCCCCCCCCCCCCCUUUCCCCCCCUCCAGAAGCUGGAAGUGCCCUUUGGCUGCAUGGCACCCAGCAGAACUGCACUCUGAUGGUCCAUCCCAGGGCCCCCCCUUGGGUUGGGCACUUUUAGGGCUGAGAGUUCCAUGUGUGUGCAGCCAAUGGGAUUUGGGGUUCUAAUUAUCUUCACCCCCCCCCCCCCCCUCCUCCCCCCGCUCUUUUUUUUUCUUGAGAGAGCACAUGUCGCCUCCCGCUUUAUUUCUCUUAUGCAUAUCAAUUAAGAAAAAAUUAAUUAAGAAAAAGGUUUCUCUGGGGUUUGGAAAGGAAAAGGAACAGCUGCAGACAUUCAUCCAGCGGGCACAUCUUAACUCAGGUAAAACGGGAAAAAAAAACAAACAAAAAAGAAAAAGAAAAAAAAAAAAAGGAAAGAAAAAGAAAAAAACAAAAAAGGCCAAAAAAAAAAAGGGGGAAAAAAAGGAAAACAAAACAAAAAAAAAAAGAGAAAGAUAAAACAUAAAACCACAUUUCUACCUCUGAGAGCGGCGGCUGUGGGCGCCCCGUCCCACGUCCGGCUGAAUAUUUCAGUCUUGCAAACGUUCAGGUAUUGAAAGUUUUGAUUAUUAAAAGGAGAAAAAAAAAAUAAAAAUAAAAAUAAUAAAAAAUAAUAAAAAAAUAAUUAAAAAAAAAACCAAAAAAAAAAAAAAAAGAGAAAAUAAAAACACUGAAAGUUUACAUUUUAUAAUAACAUUAUUAUACAGAUUGUAUUUAAGCUGCAGAAUAUUUAAGACAAUUGUAACCCUGUAAAGUUGAUGAAAUAUUAAAAAAAAAUAAUUAAAAAAUAAA